GGUUAAGUUCUGCGAUUGUUACUGAGCCUAUAUACUUUAGGAGCUGCACCACCGUUCUUGGGCUCCGUCGACAGCAUUGCAUUAUGGCUGUCAACUUUCAACACCCGUUCCAAUGUGUCCAAUUUGUGGAAAGACCGCAGGCCAAGCUUCUGCUUGCCUCCGCCGGCCCACGGCUGUAUUCCUACUCUGCCGAGACCGGUCAGCGGCUUGCGAGCUGGCCGCAAGAUACCAGCUCCAGUGACCACGAACCCCCAGAGAAGAAGAGGAAGGUCUCUAUAUCGGAAGGCGGAUCUGCGGAAGUGUCUAGACCAGCAGAGGUGACAAAGGAACCGAAGCCCGCGCCUGCUUGGGCGAACAUUCCCAUCGUAACCAGCACGUCGAACGGUGACUAUGUUAUUGCUGUCACUGGGGAAGACAAGUGCAUCCGCGUCUUUCAGCUCCAAGACGACGGCUCUUUCAACCAGCUCACCGAGCGCAUCAUGCCGAAACGCCCAUCCUCCAUCGCAUUGACCAGCGACGAGACCACAAUUUUAUGCGCUGACAAAUUUGGAGACGUUCACUCUCUCCCCCUCAUCCCGAGUAGCGACAAGCCUGCCGUUGCUCCCAGACCGAACAGGGAGGCGAAACUCAGCCAUCCUGCCGCAACCGACCUUACCGUGCACACCAAGGGCAACCUGAGAGCCCUGGAACAGCAACUUCUCCUCGCCAGCAAGAAGAAGGAGGAAGGGGAGGAGAAGUCGGGCCCGUCCUUCGAACACCACCUCCUGCUCGGCCAUGUCUCGCUGCUUACCGAUAUGGUCUUCGUCUCUCUCCCCUCCGAAACCCAGAAGCGCACCUACAUCCUGACCGCGGACCGCGAUGAGCACAUCCGUGUCUCUCGCGGGCCACCCCAGGCACACGUUAUCGAAAACUACUGCCUGGGUCAUACCGCCUUUAUCAGCAAGAUCUGCGUGCCGCAGUACGCCCCGGAGUAUCUCAUCUCCGGUGGAGGCGACAACUACCUGAUCGUUUGGAACUGGGCCGAAGGUCGCUUCCUCCACAAGGUUCCUCUGGUCGAGGAAGGCUCCGCCACCGAGGUGGUUGUCCGCGGGAUCUGGGCUCCGACGCUUGGGGACAUGCGGCUCAUCCUGGUCGCGCUUGACGGGUCCCCCCGCCUCCAAUGCUUCACCCUACAAGCCGACGGCUCCCUAAAGCCCCAGACCCACAUCGAACUUACCGGCAAUGCCCUAGCCGUGACCAGCAUCGAGAAAGAUAACACGCUCGUCAUCUCCGUCGACUCGAUCCGCACCGCGGGUUCGAUCCAAGAGUGGCGCGCCAGCGCCUCCGCUCCGUCCACCAUGAUUGAGGCAGUCCGUCCGCAACGAAGCGCAGAGGGGUCGCUGAGUUGGGAACCGACCCUGAAGCCCGUGACCGACGCGAUCAACGCCGCGGGUUCCACGGAGGUCUCAUCUACCAUCGAAGACAAGAAGAAAGGCGAGCUGAAUGAUUCGUUGUAUGCGAUGAGCAAGGUCCGGAAGACGCUGAAAUGGGAGGAUGAGUAA